AUGAUAGGACAAUGCCCCGCUUCCAGCCAUUCUUAAGGUUGUCACAAGAUAUGCAGGUCUCUAUGGUUUCAGCGUCAGAAGCGAGCCAUUAUCCAGUAAUUGGAGCGGAAAGCAGUCAUGGGGCGUGGUUUGCGUGGCGCGAAGCAUGGCGGCGUGCGGGGGAAGGAGCUUGGACCCCUGCAAGUGCGGUGCAGGGGUAGCUUUUCAAAUGACACUUCCUUUAUUUGCACGUUUUCGCCAGCGAAAAGUCGUCUUUGCUCUAUCAACUACCUCCCUUUUUGAUAUUUUGACAGAUUUUCGUCGAAAACUUCGUCAACAUGUCCGAGAACGGCGUUGCUGCUAGCGGUGGACGCCGCCUAAACCCUUUCUCUCGCCGCGAAGAGUUCUCCCCGCAGGCGCUGAUCCUGCACCGAGUCUGCACGCUCGUGACCUACCUCGUCUUCCUCAUCACGGCCAUCUACUACACCUUCAAAGCGCCCGGCGAGGGCCACAAGCCGCGCCGCACCAUCUGGGGCAACAAUCGCCCAACGGCAUUUGCGCAAAACAGCGUCAUUACCUCCAUCUACUGGAUCGUCAUUUUCAUCCUCCAACUCGUCUACGCCUGGUCGCUUUAUUCGAGCAAUGUCGUCUACGUCAAUGCGGCUGCGAACAUUGGCUCGCACUACAUUGCGUCCAACCUGCUGCUCUUUGGCUUUAUCCACCUUUGGGUUCGCUCGUACUUCUGGCUCGCGCUCUUGCUCAUUGUCAUCAACUUCUUCAACAUGAGCGCGGCAUACUUCCGCCAUUCUACCACGCCAAGACUCAUCCACAUCGGCACCAUUGCGGGCCCGCUGGCUUGGAAUUUCGUCGCGCUGUACUGGGUCGGAGCGAUGGCUGUCCACAAGGAUAAUCUCGCUGCGCGAAUCGUUGGGAAUAUCUUCAUCUGGGGCUUUGCUGCGUACGGCAUCUUCUUCCUUGCCGCGUUCAAGGACUACACCAUGGGUUUCUGCCUCUCGGUUCUUGCGUUCUCCACCGGCGUCGGCCAAUUCCUCGGUAAAAUCAUCGAACUCCAAUGGAUCUUCGCCUUCGCCAUCGGCGCCCUGCUCUUCGUGCUCUCCCUCGCCGUUGCUUUCCCCGCUUGGAUCGGCAGAGAUAUCUUCCCCCGCGGCGAAGUCGUCUCGGAAGAUCGCGAACGCGCGCCCUUGCUGCAGGAUGAGUGAGUUGAUAAAAGAGAAUGGAUUUAGCGGUGCUUUUGCUUUUGCUUU